GGCUACUUCAAAUCUCAGCUGUAAGAGAGAGAGAGAGAGAGGACCCGACAACGUGGGCCAGACAAAAUGGGCCACUAUUUUCGGAAAAUUGGCCCAUUUUGAACGCUAUUUUCUCGGACGAUUUGAAUUCAGGAGUAUUAAAGCCAGAGGAGGGAGAAAGGAAAGGAAAAGAAAAGAAAAUCUCCAUAGGGGAAAAAGAAGCAGAGAGAGCGCGAGAGAGAGAAACGAGUCAGAUCAGUUGGAGGCUUGGGAGAGGGAGGUGAGAGAGAGAGGGAGAUAGAUGGGAGGGGAAGAGAGAGAAGAGGAAGGAGUAAUGGCGACCGACUUCUUCUGGUCUUACACGGACGAACCGCACGCGUCUCGUAGGCGUCAGAUCCUCUCUCAGUACCCUCAAAUGAAAGAGCUCUUUGGCCCUGAUCCCUGGGCUUUCCUCAAGAUUACUGUGGUUGUAUUGCUUCAGCUCUGGACUGCCACUUUACUCCACAAUGCUGGUUGGAUGAAGAUCUUGGCAGUUGCAUACUUUUUUGGCUCAUUUCUCAAUCACAACCUUUUCUUAGCCAUCCAUGAGCUCAGCCAUAAUCUUGCCUUCUCAACUCCAGUCUACAACCGUUGGCUUGGGAUUUUUGCUAACCUACCCAUUGGUGUACCUAUGUCUGUAACAUUCCAAAAGUACCACCUUGAGCACCAUCGUUUCCAAGGGGUGGAUGGUAUUGACAUGGAUGUGCCAAGCCAUAUUGAGGCUCAACUUGUGAGAAAUGUCGUAACAAAAUCCAUAUGGGUCAUAUUACAGCUCUUCUUUUAUGCUCUGCGGCCUAUAUUUAUCAAACCCAAACCACCUGGUUUAUGGGAGUUCACCAAUUUGGUUAUCCAACUAGCCCUUGAUGCCGCCGUUGUCUAUUUCUGGGGCUGGAAGUCUUUUGCUUAUAUGAUCCUCUCCACUUUUGUUGGGGGUGGAAUGCACCCGAUGGCUGGUCACUUCAUCUCAGAACAUUAUGUCUUCACGACUGAACAAGAGACAUACUCUUAUUAUGGUCCUCUGAAUCUUCUUACAUGGAGUGUGGGAUACCACAAUGAGCACCAUGAUUUCCCCAGGAUUCCUGGGAACAAGCUCCACAAGGUGAAGGAGAUUGCACCGGAGUAUUAUGAGGGUUUAGAGUCGUACAAAUCUUGGAGUCAGGUUAUUUACAUGUAUAUUAUGGACAGGACAGUUGGGCCUUUUAGCCGGAUGAAAAGAAAGGUGUCAAAGACUGCAAAGAAAUCAGAAUAGAAUAUAGAAUAUAGACUGCAAAGAAAGCUCUCAUGAUUGUUAUUCUUCAUUUUUCUCCCCAUCUUUCCUCUUUCCCUGUGAGUUGAUGCAAAUUCUUUUUGAAUUUUUUUGCUUCUUGCUUGUAAUAUUCUUGAGGGUUCAUUGUUGUUCUAUGCUCUAGUUUUAGACUUAAAAGAGUGGGUGAACAUUCUUCGGCUGAUCAUUCAAACACGUACUUUAGCAAGAAAUUGGAUGUGAAUGCAUUCAUUGUCUAA